AUGUCUACUCAAGACGCGCGCAGUAUUCUGUUCACACAUACUCGUCCCCAGCAGGGGUUCCGGUUAUUGGAACUAACCCCGGAACUGGAGGAACUACUAACAUCGAAAGAUGCACCUGUACUCGAACUCAAAUCACCCUCUACAGCCCUCGCCCAAGCAGUAGUCGAUCCCACCGCCCACGACUAUGUCAACCUCUGUACACCAACACAAACAUUCCGCAUCCGCCAAGUCCAAUCCUCAAACUCCUUGCACAUCCUCCGCCCAAGCCGCGGCGAAAUCUCCCAAGCAGACAUCAAAGUCGUCGAACCAGAGGCCGAAACAGGCGCUUUGAACCUCCCCGAUGAAGCGGUAACAGCCAUCGCAAAAUGCUCGUCGACACUGGAAUUACACACCCCACCAGGAGGCUUCUCGGCUGUUCCAUUCUUGGAGAAAACUCUGCGAUUGUAUGAUCGGCGCAGCGACGAUGAUCCGGAUACAGAGAUGGGUGAUUCUGCCGACUCAACAGGCCCGCUGGGAUCAGAGGAGAUGAAAGAGAUCCGAGCGCGCGUGUGUCAGGACAUCCCCGUGUCGACAGCGCAGUGCGAGCAGGGCUGGAUGGAGCUUUGCGCGUUUGUGGAUGGGGGCGAAGAGGUGGCAUGCUGGCGGCCAUCGGCACGGUCUCGCUUGCGUGUUUGGAAGCGGUUGGUUGAGGGUGCUGUUUUACAGGGGAUUGAUCUUGAGAAACAGUUCCUUGUUGGGGACUUGUGGAAGUCUGUUCUGGAUGAGGAUGACGAGCAGGAACCGCCGUUCCCUCGUGCGUUGCUUGAGGCUGUUGUGAGAAGGAUUUGCAUUGCGGAUGAGAGGCCGCCGUUGGCGGAUGAUAUCAAGUGGGCGAGCUUUGAUAAGAUUGAGUGUACGCAAUGGGUUGGGGAGACGUAUUUGGCAGCUACUGCUCCCACCACCUCCUCUGCUAUUGGAAGAAGUGAAUUCCUUCGUGCGUGGAAAGACUGUCUUCCUGAGUCUUGGAGAGGAGAGGCGCUGCUAUCCAAAUUGACGAAUGGCUGCUACAGUAGUCCCGACCCUACGACCAUCUACUUUGUUGAACCCUCGCAACGGCAGCAAAGCAGCAAAGCCACUCCCACUGCUCCUGCUACCGCUGCAAAAGCUAAGACCACCAGGAAUUGGCAUGAACUGCUCAAAAAUCGUCGUUGA